CGGACAUGAUUGGGAUCCCACCUGUAUGAAAAUGGAUGAAGUUUUAUAUAGUAUUGCAGAAAAGCCCAUCAAAUAGGCAGAACAAGUAUUGUCUUCAUAUUACAGAUGAAAAAAUGGAGACCCAGAGAGAAAUGGCAGAUAAUGGGAGAUCUCCUUCCUCAUCUUGCUAGCGAGCCAUGUUUGGAUAUCACGACAGUUUUAAAGUAAAAAAUUUUGCAGUUAUAUAUCUUGUGGACAUUACAGAAGUACCAGACUUCAAUAAAAUGUAUGAGUUGUAUGAUCCCUGUACUGUCAUGUUUUUCUUCAGGAACAAGCACAUUAUGAUUGAUUUGGGUACAGGUAACAACAACAAGAUUAACUGGGCGAUGGAAGACAAGCAAGAAAUGAUUGACAUAAUAGAAACAGUAUAUAGAGGUGCUCGUAAAGGUAGAGGUCUUGUGGUUUCUCCAAAGGACUAUUCCACCAAAUACAGAUACUGAUGUUCUUUUGGAGAUGUGAGACUAUGUAGAAGCUCUUUGUUUUGUUUUGGGGGAUAGGGUGGGGUGGAAUUGUGUUUUUGUUUGUUUUUAGCUAUUUAAAUCCUUUGGGGAAAAUGCUUGGAAGAUAAAUGAAAUAAGGAGCUGGCACAGAACAUCUUUUUGGAAUGAGGGCUAUAUAGCCUUACAUUUUCAGUGUAUUUUUAUAUGAUUAAAUAACUAUAAAUAGUUCACAUCUGAAAAAAAAUUAAAAUAUAUGAAAGUGUGAUCAGUCUGUUAAUUUUUUUUUUUAAUUUGUGAUUGGAGAUUCCUAGUUUCACUAAAUUUACCUCAGAAGAUUAAAAGAGUUUGUUUAACCUUUAUAUUUUAUAAUUUGUUAUUUCUCUAUUUUCAUUAUUUGAUAACUAUUCAAAUCUCCUAAAAUCUUCCCAAAAUGUAAACAAGAAAUGUUAAUCCUUUCAUCUGGCUAAAAACAGAACCUUCAAUUAUAAUUAAAGAACUUGAGAUUCAACUAGUUCACUUCCUACUUUAGUUAUCUAACAUAUUUAGUCUUCUUAUUCAUUAUCAUUACUUAUUUGUUUUCUCUACAAAAAAUCUCUGGGGAAGUUGACUCCAUAUCCCCAAAAGGUAAAAAAUUCUUCCAUAUAAACUUUCCUUGUGGCAAAUUAAACUCAUUUCUCUUAUUCUAAUCUGGUUGGUUAUUAAAGGGUAAGAUUUAGAACUAGAAAGAGAACAGAGAUGAAAAACUAAGGCCCAAAGAAGUCAAGUCAUUUUAUUUGUACCAAGGUCCCAUCUUGUAGUAAAUAGAGCCCAAAUUUGAAUCUUGACUUAUUCCAUAUGAAGCACUUUUUUUCCAAUAAGAAGGGGAAGGAAAAAGGGGAAUUUUGCUAAAUCAUUUGAAUGAAAUUGCAGAGUCCUUUCAUUUUUAAAAAAAUAAGCUUAUCAAGAAUCUGAACAUCUAAAUUACUAUCCUAAAAAUGUUGUCCUUAAGGUAUUUAUUCCUCUCGUUUCCAUUACUCAAAAGGUUCUUUUAAAACUUAGUGUUUAACCCUCAGAGUUUGGAGAAGAAAGUUACAAAAAUGUUGUCAUCUUGCAUUAUAGCCUACUAUAUUCAUCAGAUCUGAUCUUGAAUGUUUUGGACUACUUUCCAAAAUGUCAUCCUCAAAGAAUGAAGAUGAGAUUUGAUUAAAGAUAUUCAAAAGAAUGUAUUGUCAGGGGCUGCAUUUUUUUUGAGCAAUGACAGCAUCACUGGGAUAGAUAUGUAAACUGCUGAGAUUCUUUUCAAUAGGAUGUUUACUUUUUUAUCUCUUGCCCCCAAAUCUAGAAUACUCCUCUCUUCCAUUUCUCUGAUUCUUGGAAUCCCUAAUUCCCUUCAAUCCAAUUCAUGAUCUGCCUCCAACAUGAGUUAUUUUCUAACCCCAGUCCCACUACUAAGAGUGCUCACCCUCAUCCUGAAGGAUUGUAUGUUACUUUGUACUUUAUGUUUAUUUUUGUAAACGUUAUCUCCCUCCAGUAGAAUGCAAACUUUUUGAGGAAAAUGGACUUCUUAUUUUUGUAGACCUUAAAAAAGAAGCAGCAAAUUACUGCCCGGGAACUAAAUCUUCCCUGCUGCCUACAAUUUUUCUUGAUUGUCAAAGAAUUUUACCUACCAUUUUCAUUGUUUCUCCCUGUAAUGACAUUUGCACUAGCUUAGGGGUAGAAGCUAAAUUAGCAGUUUAGGCCUUUUCUUUACAAAAAAUAGGAUGGCCUUCUAUCUGUGUAAGAAUUCAGAUUAUGAUCCUGAAUUUUUAGUGUUAAUACUAUCCUUUAACAGAAGUGCAAAACAUCAGUCUUUUUUAUUAGUAACAUUUAUGAUUAUUCAAGAAGUUCUCAGAUAAUUUAACCAUGAACAAUCUGAUGUCUAACAAUUGUGAACAGUUUACUUGAAAUAUUUGAUAUUUUAGAGGAAAAGAUCUGUGUUAAAUUAUUAUUUUCUCUGGGGUUUUAAAAGCUCUAUUCCUUUAUAAAUUAGAUUAUGAAAGUGUAUGUUGAGACCAUAUUACCUCAGCUCCCUGAAAAAUCAUUUUUGCCCUUGCUGGAAUUUAAAAUAGCCCUCAGCUUUCACAGAGGAUGGAGGGUUGAUACAAAAAGUCUAUUUGAAGGAUAUUAAUGUAUCUUGCGAAGCUGUGUUUGGUAGUAAUGCCUAUUUACAUAAUAGUGCCUUUUAUGAAAGGAUCCUAGAGGUGAAUUCCUCUUAAAAUUUAUUACCAAGAAAAACUUUUUUCCCCAUUAAACUUGUGAGCUUUCUUCAUUCCUUCUGCUCCAAGUCUCUCCUCUUUCGAAUCUAUUUUCCAUGCAAGUAGCAAAUUAAUCUAAUUCUAAUUAAUAUUUUUAAAACAAAGAUUUGAUCACAUUUCUUUCCUAUACAAAAAUCUUUAAUAGCUUUCUAUUGCACUAGGUUAAAAUUUAGACUUGAUCAUUUAAUUACUCAAGCAAGUAUUCAGUAACUAUUAGGUGCCUACAGUAUACCAAGCACUGUUAUGAGGCACUGGAGGUACAUGUAUAAAUAAUGAAACAAUCCCUACAUAUUUAAGUUAUUUACAACCUGCCUUCCUGUAUUCUGUUAUUUCUUCCCUUCACUUAUUUCAGUCAAAUUGGUUAUUAUCUCUCUGAACUUGACAUGCCACCUUCCAUCUCUAUCCAUAACAUUGCAUAGUCUUUUUCAUCUCCUGUGCCUAGAGUGUGUGCUCCCUCCUUACCCCAACUUCUUAAGAGUCUCUAGCUUCCUUUUAAUGUUUAGCUAAGUGGCCACCA